CGUCGUGAAGACACCAGAGAGCUGAAUAGCGAAGAAGCUAAUGGGAAAAACGCAGAGUGAAGGUAGAAGGUGUGUGUGAGCUGAUGUGGAUGUGAGUUCAGCAGCAUGGAUCAAUGUGAGGACAGAGAGGAGGGAGUCCCUCCCUCUAAAACCACUCUGUGUGGGGAACAUGAGAGCCAGACCAAAGCUCAGAGGAACCAACCUGGACCUGAACCCAGCUGUGUGUCCUUAAAGAGUGACGGGUCAAAAAAUCGCCUCAUUUAUUUUAAAGGACAAAAAUCAUCUGCAGAGAGGACCUAUGGGAGACCUGAACUAAGCAGUGUAUCUUUAAAGAGUGACGGGUCAAAAAAUCGCCUCAUUUAUUUCAAAGGACAAAAAUCAUUUCCUGCAGAGAGACUGGACCAGGAAAAUUCAGAGGUUUCUAGUGGUCAUUUUGUACAGCAGGAUCAAAAACAGCUGGACUCCAUAUUCAUGCUGUUAGAGGACAACAUCAUCAUGUUUGUAAAGAAUGAACUAAAGAAGAUGCACGAGAUUUUGAGUCCAGAUUAUUUAGAGAUGGAAGAAGAUGAUAUGUCGAAGGAUGACAAUAAAAAGCAGAAGAGUAAAAGCAGAGAGGCAUUUGUGACAAUUGUGUUACACCUUUUGAAGAGAAUAAAGCAGGAAGAGCUGGCUGACUGUCUGCAGAGCAAAAUGUUUGCUCCACUUUGUCAAUGUAAACUUAAAUCUACUUUGAAUUAAAAGUUCCAGUGUGUGUUUGAGGGGAUCACUAAAGCAGGAAACUCAACACUUCUGAAUCAGAUCUACACAGAGCUCUACAUCACAGAGGGAGGGACUGCAGAGGUCAAUGAUGAACAUGAAGUCAGACAGAUUGAAACAACAUCCAGGAAAGCAGACAAACCAAACACAACAAUCAGACUAGACAACAUCUUUAAAACUUCACCUGAAAUAGAUGAACCGAUCAGAACAGUGCUGACAAAGGGAGUGGCUGGCAUUGGGAAAACAGUCCUAACACAGAAGUUCACUCUUGACUGGGCUGAAGAAAAAUCCAACCAGGACAUCCAGUUCAUAUUUCCAUUUACUUUCAAGGAGUUGAAUGUGCUGAAAGAGGAAAAGUUCAGCUUGGUGGAACUUGUUCAUCACUUCUUUAUUGAAACCAAACAAGCAGGAAUCUGCAGCUUUGAAGACUUCCAGGUUGUGUUCAUCUUUGAUGGUCUGGAUGAAUGUCGACUUCCUCUGGACUUCCACAAAAUAAAAAUACUAACUGACUCCAGAAAAUCCACCUCAGUGGAUGUGCUGCUGACAAACCUCAUCAGGGGGAACCUGCUUCCCUCUGCUCACAUCUGGAUAACCACGCGACCUGCAGCUGCCAAUCAGAUCCCUCCUGAGUGUGUUGACAUGGUGACAGAGGUCAGAGGGUUCACUGACCCACAGAAGGAGGAGUACUUCAGGAAGAGAUUCAGAGACAAGAAGCAGGCUUCGAGGAUCAUCCCUCACAUCAAAACAUCACAAAGCCUCCACAUCAUGUGCCACAUCCCAAUCUUCUGCUGGAUCAAUGCUACGGUUCUGGAGGAUGUGCUGAAAACAAAAGAACAGAGAGACAUGCCCAAAACCUUGACUGAGUUGUACAUCCACUUCCUGGUGGUUCAGGCCAAAGUGAAGAAGGUCAAGUAUGAUGGAGGAUCUGAGACAGAUCCACACUGGAGUCCAGAGAGCAGGAAGAUGGUUGAGUGUCUGGGAAAACUGGCUUUUGAUCAGCUGCAGAAAGGAAACCUGAUCUUCUAUGAAUCAGACCUGACAGAGUGUGGCAUCGAUAUCACAGCAGCCUCAGUGUACUCAGGAGUGUUCACAGAGAUCUUUAAAGAGGAGAGAGGACUGUACCAGGACAAGGUGUUCUGCUUUGUCCAUCUGAGCAUUCAGGAGUUUUUAGCUGCUCUUCAUGUUCACCUGACGUUCUACAACUUCUGUGUCAAUCUGCUAGAAGGAGAAACCUCUGCAUGGUCUAAAGCACUUAAUAAACUCAAACUCCAAAACUGUGGUGGACAAUUUCUUCACAAGAGUGCUGUGGACAAGGCCUUAGAGAGUCCAAAUGGACACCUGGAUUUGUUCCUUCGUUUCCUCCUGGGUCUUUCACUGCAGUCCAAUCAAGCCCUUCUACGAGGUCUACUGACACAGACAGGAAUGAGCUCAGAGACCAAUCAACAGACAGUCCAGUACAUCAAGAAAAAGAUCAGUGAGAAUCUGUCUGUAGAGCAAAGCAUCAACCUGUUCCACUGUCUGAAUGAACUACAUGAUCGUGCUCUAGUUGGGGAGCUCCAACAGUCCCUGAGUAUGGGAAGUCUUUCCACAGAGAAACUAUCUCCUGCUCAGUGGUCAGCUCUGGUCUUCAUCUUAUUAACAUAAGAAAAAGAUCUGGAUGUUCUUGAUCUGAAGAAAUAUUCUGCUUCAGAGGAUGCUCUUCUGAGGCUGCUGCCUGCGCUCAAAGUGUCUAAGAAAGCUCUGCUGAAUAACUGUAACUUGACAGAGAGAAGCUGUGAAGCUCUUUCUCUGUCUCUCAAAGUAGAAGGCUGUUAGCUGAGAACUCUGGACCUGAGCAAUAACAAUCUGCAGGAUUCAGGCGUAAAUCUGUUGAUAGCUGGAAUGGAGAGCAUGCACUGUAAAUUAGAGAAACUCAGACUGAGCACUUGUAACCUUUCAGAGAAAAUCUGUGGAACUAUGUCGUCAGUUCUCAGUCUCCAGUUCUCUAGUCUGAGAGAGAUGGACCUGAAGAACAACAACCUGAGGGAUACUGGAGUAAAAGCUUUGUCGGCUGGACUAAGAAGUCCACACUGUAAAUUGGAAACACUCAGACUUAGUGGCUGCAACCUCACAGAGAGAAGCUGUGAAGCUCUUUGCUCAGUACUCAGCUCCCAGUCCUCUAGUCUGAGAGAUCUGGACCUGAGUAACAAUGACUUGAAGGAUUCAGGAGUGGAAGUGCUGUGCCGAGGACUGGAAUCUCCACACUGUGAACUGGAAACACUCCGCCUGUCAGGAUGUAUGAUCACAGAAGAAGGUUGCUCUUUGCUGAAAAAAGCUCUGAGCUCCCCUUCCUCACGUCUUAAAGAGCUGAACCUGAGCUACAAUCAUCCUGGAGAUGCAGGAGUGACUCUGCUUGAGAAAUUGAGACAGGAAACUCUCAGGGUCAUUCUGGAGCCUGCUGGAGAACAAUGGUUGAGACCAGGUCUGAGAAAGUAUUCCUGUCAACUCACAAUCGACAAAAACACAGUAAACAGAAACCUCAAACUGUCUGAUAACAACAGGAGGGUGACACGUGUGGAGGAGGAUCAGUCAUAUCCCGAUCAUCCACACAGAUUUGAUGGUGAUUGUCAGCUUCUAUCUAAAGAGGGUCUCACCAGUUGCUGUUAUUGGGAGGUUGAGUGGAAAGGAGAGGUUUAUAUAUCGGUGAGUUACAGAAGAAUUUCAAAAAACGGAGACAGCAAUGCCUUUGUCUUUGGAAGGAAUGAUCAGUCCUGGUCUCUGUUCUGCUCUGAAGUUAAGGGUUACUCUGUCUUACACAGUAACACAGAAACAUAUCUGCAAUCCUCCUCCUCUGUCUCUAACACAGUAGCAGUGUAUGUGGACUGUCCUGCUGGCACUCUGUCCUUCUACAGAGUUUCCUCUGACACUCUGAUUCACCUCCACACCUUCAACACCACAUUCACUGAACCUCUUUAUCCUGGAUUUACAGUCUGGUUUCCUGGUUCCUCAGUGUGUCUGCGCCGAGUUGAGUGUACAGAGUUUCCUCCUGUUAGAGAAACACUGACCUAGGAUGAAACACUGUUAAACAGAUAGUUCAGUCUGUACAUGUCUUUCUCUUUCAAUCAGAAACACAGUUUCAGAUAAUCAGUCAGUUGUAAAUAUUCUAAAUGAUUCCUUGUAAACAUCUUCCUCUUCAGCCCUUUAAAGGUGGAAGCUACAAUUAUUUCAGGAAGCACAUGUUUUUUUUUACACUCAAAGCUUCACAUUGAAUAUUGUUAUGUUGUUAUUGGUAGGUUUACGACACCAACUGUCUGCCAUCUAUAAUCUAGUUUUGAGCCCCCUCAAAUCCUGGGCCAUCUGACCUCAGGAAAUGUGUUUUGAGUUAUGUUCAAAAAAGAUCUGGAAUUAAAACAGGACUACAAUAGUUAAUUCACAGUAAAUUCAGGACUACUUAAGGCCACCAUUUCCCACCAAUUUACUCAGAACCAGAAUCUUUUUUUCAAAUUGUAAAACAUCAAAUCACACUAAAUGUUUAUUUUUUUGAUUGAAAAAUAUAAAAAAACAUAUUUGUUAAAUAUAAGAGUAAAGAGAGAAAUUGUAUGUAUUUUGUAAUUGCAAAUGGCACCAAACUGUAUUCAAAAUUGAGCCACACUUAUGGAGGUCCACAAUUCUUUUCCUGGUGUUUUGGUUCAUAUCUCUUGAUUUUCCCACGACAAAGAAACAGGCUCUGUGUUUUGGGGGUACCUUAUAUGGAUCCACAGGUGUGCCACCAAUUUAAUCACAUGGCCCCUACUAACCUAUCAGAAGCUUCUUAAACUCUUUGAAAGAGGAGUGAAGGAAGCCAUCUAUGUCCACUGUGAGCGACCAUCUUUGAA